CCAGGUUUAAUGUUCGAGCGAGGCACAAAAUUAAUUAAACAUUUAUCAAAAUCAACGCCGCCUCUCAGGGCCUCGCGAUAACAGCGAAGAUCUGAAUAUAUUCGAAUAUACUCGUAUGUGUGUACCCCCAAAUGCCCGAUGACAUUUGGGCAUUUUAUGAGCAUGACCGCCAUUGUUUCUGGCUUUUGGGGAUCGCUUAACUCUUGUCAUUGUACUAGUCAAAGUACCAAUGCCGCCGCACUGAGAGUCUCUUGGCCGAAAUCGUAAACGAAACCGAAAACGAUGCCACAAAUUCCAAUUUCAAUUCCAAGCUUGCGUCUUGGAUACAGACGUGGACGUCAACAUCAGUUCGCCUGUCGUUCCGAAAUGAAAAAUGCUCAAAAUCCGACACAAAAAACGAAGAAACACUUU